GCGAGUACAGAGUAGAUGUCGAGAGCACGACAGACACUGGACAACUUUCAACACAAGGAGACUUUGACUGGAUGACACAUCUGGGUCAGUGAAGUGCUGCUGUUUGUCUGUUGGACUGAACCGUGAGAUUCAGGAGCUGCUCUCAAACCCUGCACAAAUCUAUUUUUUACAGUCAAGAUCGGCCACAAGUAAAGGAGUCCACCAUGAGUACCCAGCUGGAGGCAGACGUGCGCACCAUGUCUCCUGAAAUGCCUGCCAUGUUUGACGGCAUGAAGCUGGCAGCAGUAGCCGCGGUGCUGUACGUGAUUGUGCGCAGCCUCAACCUCAAGUGUCCCACAGCCGCCGCUGACAUCACCUGUCAGGACACUCCUCUCAAUCACUACCUGCUCAAGUCCUGCCCCGUCCUUACCAAAGAGUACAUCCCCCCCUUGUUAUGGGGAAAGAGUGGUCAUCUGCAGACGGCGCUGUAUGGAAAGAUUGGACGGGUGAAAUCCCCUAAACCUUGUGGGCUUCGUAAGUUUCUGCCCAUGCAAGACGGAGCCACAGCCACCUUUGAUCUGUUUGAGCCUCAGGGGGUCCACAGCACAGGAGAUGACAUCACUAUGGUGAUCUGUCCUGGGAUCGGGAACCAUAGUGAGAAGCAUUAUAUACGGACCUUUGUGGAUUACUCUCAGAAACAGGGCUACAGGUGCGCUGUUCUCAACCACCUCGGAGCUCUGCCAAACAUCGAGCUCACGUCCCCGAGGAUGUUCACCUACGGUUGUACGUGGGAGUUUUCGGCCAUGGUGGGCUUCAUAAAGCGCACAUUUCCACAGACUCAGCUGAUCGUAGUGGGGUUCAGUCUGGGAGGAAACAUCGCCUGCAAAUACCUGGGGGAAAAUCCAGCCAAUCAGGAGCGAGUGCUGUGCUGCGUCAGUGUUUGCCAGGGCUACAGUGCUCUCAGAGCUCAGGAGACAUUUCUACAGUGGGAUCAGUGCAGAAGACUCUACAACUUCCUAAUGGCGGACAACAUGAAAAAAAUCAUUCUGUCCCACAGGGGAAGUUUAUUUGGUAUGAACUCCAGCAGAAUGGAAUUUGCUGACCUCAGCCGUCUCUAUACAGCCACCUCUCUCAUGCAGAUUGAUGACAACAUUAUGAGGAAGUUUCAUGGACACAACUCUCUAAAGGAGUACUAUGAGAAGGAAAGCUGCGUGCAUUACAUACAUAAUAUCAGCGUUCCUCUCCUCUUGGUGAACUCUUCAGAUGAUCCAUUAGUCCACCAGUCUCUGCUGACGAUACCUCGAACUCUAGCAGAGAAGAAGCAGAACGUGAUCUUCGCUCUGACUCUACACGGAGGUCACCUGGGCUUCUUUGAAGGCGCUGUUCUCUUUCCUCAACCUCUUUCCUGGAUGGACAAAGUCAUCGUCAGUUACGCUAAUGCCGUAUGUCAGUGGGAGAAACACAAGCCGCAGUGCCACCAGCAAUAAGAAUGAGUGCGAAACAAAGCACAAUAAACACCACAUACUCGCUCCGUGUUGAGCUUAGACGAUGGUUUCUGACUUUCACUGGGGGAAACUGAUAGAAGUCACUCACAGCAAUAUUCCACACUGACACCAGUGGGUCAGAGGUCAAUGGUGUAUCGCUACGCAGGAUGAAAAUGUGCAGAAGGAUUCAUGUUUUUUUUAAAAAGCAUACUUGGCGAGAGGAGAUGUUAAGUAGUAAAGAUGAAUAACUAUAGUAGCUAACGCUGAGCUGUUAUUUACAUUGAUUUUUCGAUACUAUGUUGUCAGAGGAUAUUAAAUACUAACGGUUGUUAAAUCAAAACGUCUGGUUUAAAAUGGUUUAUAUUUGGUGUUGUGAUUUUAGUAGAAGUUGAAAAUCUGCACAUUGAUUGUUUACGAGUGUUUCAGGUUGCCUUAUUUUUUAUCGACACUUUAUUCCAUUGCACUUUUAUAUAUAUCAAUUCCUCCUUGGUUCAGUGGUACAAUACAUUUUACAAAGUGUAUUUAGUAAAUUGCUGUAGAUGGGAGUGUAAAAAUUGUAGCAAUAAUCUUUUUGUCUGAUAAUGUCUCCCUCUAUUGGCAACUUUUAGAAGUACAUUUGAAUAUUUCGUGGAUGAGUUCGCGUAUAUAAAAUGUUUCAAGUGAACAUUCUUUUCAA